AUGGCAGUGAAGAUCAUGGAUGAAGAGCUAGUCAAGCAGCAUCCUGAUGAUAUCCAUGUACCAAAUACUGGCACUGCUAGAAGAGCCUACGAGUUCAUUUGUAACAAUAUGAAAGAAGAACCUUGCGUGCCCGAUCAUGAUAUAGGUACAGCUUCCAGCCAGAAAGGUGAUUGUGCUAGAAAGAUGGCAGUGAAGAUCAUGGAUGAAGAGCUAGUCAAGCAGCAUCCUGAUGAUAUCCACGUACCAACUACUGGCACUGCUAGUGCUUUUAUAGAUGUAGGAGCAGCGGAAAGGGCUGCUUUAGAAGCUUCAAUAGUUCCCUCAUCAACGAAUGGUUUAGCCGCCAGGACGAAGCGGUAUGAGAUAAGAGGUCUCAACGAGCCUUCAGCAUCUGAAACGGGAGCUUUAACCUGCAUAUCAUAUGGGAGUCUUAGUGGAGAGCGUUCUCUGGUUAUCAUCCCUAGUCAAAUUUGAAGUGACGGAGGAACCCCUAUUCGAUAAAGAAGGGAACAGUGCAAAUAAAGCUAUUUCGAGUCCUCUAUCAACAACCAACCAAACCACCCGCUUGUCGGGCUUAAAGCGAAACUGAGCUUCUCACUAACAAAAUCAAUCAUAAGAUUCAUGUCCGAGACUCGGAAAGAGUGGCGUUAAAGAGGGCGUCAGAGCCUCUCGAAGUCUCCGAUCUCACAGAUGGUUAGGCUGCAAUUCCUUCGCUUCUGAAGAAGCUUGGAUAGUUCUCCUUACUCAGACAUUCUAUUCAUUCGACCACCGCCCAUGCUUAAAGAUUGAAUUUUUGUUUUGACUCUGUAAAAAAAAAGAACGUUGUAACGUCGGUUAACGCAGCCUCACAGGCAGUCUGAGAAGUUUUUGACCCCUUUACCUAUCUUGGGUGAGCUACAUCCAUA